GCCGACUGUGCCAUCGCACUGCUCCACCUCACACUCGGAACAGCCAGCCUCCACUGCGUCCAAGUGAGACCCGUUCUUCAGCACCACUUGAACAGCUUUAGCAAAAUGGACAUCUCACGUGAUCCCACACAGCUAGCUAGCUAGCUAGCUAAGCUCGAUUCUGUACCUUUGUAGUUGGCGUUUACGAACGGCCAUGUGUUGAUGACAACUGGAAGCAACUGGCUGUGUACGACGGAAGAAUUCAACAGCAGAACUCCCACCGCAGACAGAGAGAAAGCUGCAAAAACACCACCACCGCGACAGCGCGCCAUGUCGAGCCCCGCCCAAUGCUGACUUCCGUCUAGUCUCAGUCCCAAUCCGUGACACGGAACGGCCCCAGCGAAAGUUCUGAGCUGUUUCUUGGUGCCUGACGGCGAGGGGAGAUGCUGCGUUCGUGGGGAUUCUUCACAUUUGGGGGGCUGUUUACCGCCCUGUACAGCAACGCCGCCAGAAGAUACCCGCUAAUGAGAAAGCCCAUGCUGCACGUCACGUGCACUGCAGUGGGUUUCUGCGUCGGCUACCUGGCCCACCGCUACGAGGAAAACUCAGAGCAGCGCGUGCAAAGAUUGAUGGAGAAGCACAGAAACGUCCCUCCUCACGACAAUUGGACGCAAAUGGCCAGAAAGGCAAAGUCAGAGGCAAGUGACUAAAUAACUCAGUAGUUAUAUACUUUAGCUCAACAUGCUCUUUACCCUCACUUGUAUGUAAGUGUACUGUGUGUUUAUGUGACCUCACAAGUGUAUGUACAAAUGUAAAUUAUAAAGUGAUUCAUGUGAUUAUUACACAAAACUGCCACACAAUACACUCAAAUUAUUACAGACGAAACUGAAGCAUGCGCAAUACAUUUUAAGUAUACACACUAAUGAGAUUGACAAGUAAUGCUGUAUUGUAUGAAGAAUAAAAAUAUGGAUGAUUCCAGAUGUAUUUAACCAUAAGAGUCAC